AUGGAUUCGGAUCAGGGGAAGCUUUUUAUCGGCGGGAUUUCAUGGGAAACGACCGAGGAGAAGCUGAAGGAAUACUUCCAUGGCUAUGGAGAAGUUGUUCAGGCUGUUGUGAUGAGGGAUAAGAUUUCUGGGAAGCCCAGAGGAUUUGGAUUUGUUGUUUUCUCAGAUCCGGAUAUUCUCGAUAGGGUUCUUCAGGAUAGGCAUGUGAUUGAUGGCCGCACGGUUGAGGCUAAAAGAGCUCUAUCAAGGGAGGAGCAACAGGGUCCAAGAGGCGGCAACUCUGGCGGUGCCCGUAGCUUUGGUGGGGGAAAUAACAAGACAAAGAAAAUCUUCGUUGGCGGCCUGCCACCAACAUUGAACGAGGAUGGGUUUCGUCAGUAUUUUGAAGCUUACGGUGUGGUAACUGAUGUAGUAAUAAUGUAUGACCAGCAGACAAAUAGGCCACGUGGGUUCGGGUUCAUCUCAUUCGAUUCGGAAGAUGCAGUGGACAGGGUUCUGCACAAGACCUUCCAUGAUUUGAAUGGCAAGCAAGUGGAAGUGAAGCGGGCCCAGCCUAAAGACUCUAAUCCUGGUGGUGGGGGAGGGCGGUCUAUGGGCGGUAGUUUUGGAGGUGGAGCAUAUCAGGGCUACGCUUCUUCUGGUGGGAAUUCAAACUCUUAUGAUAGCCGAAUGGAGUCCAACAGGUACAUGCAGUCGCAACAUUCUGGUGGUGGGUACCCGCCUUUCGGAUCAUCCGGGUAUAAUGCACCAGGUUACGGAUAUGGCCCCACCAAUAACACCAUGGGUUACGGAUAUGGGAAUUAUGGUGGAAAUAAUCUUAGUGCUGGGUAUGGUGGUCAGAGAAAUUCAUGGGGUUCGCAGGGUUCCUCUGGGUAUGGCUAUGGAGGGUCACAGUGGGGUGGCACUGGCACUGGCACUGGCCAGUCUCCAGGUGGGGGGGUGUCAGGGUAUGCGAAUCAAGGGUAUGGUUAUGGCGGAUAUGGUGGUAAUGAGGGAGGCUAUGGGAAUCAAGCUGGUUAUGGUGCCGUUGGUGGCCGACCGGCUGCUGCGCCAAAUGGUGGCUCCGCUGAUCAUGCUGCGGGUGCUUAUGGUGAUGGGAGUGGUUAUGGUGGUAAUCCAGGAUAUCAUUCAGGAUGGCAAUCUGAUGCAUCACAGGCUUCCGGUAACUAUGGCUUGGAGAUGAUCCUGUGCCGGGAGGGUUUGGAAAAAUUGUCUGCUCAAACUAAACACAGGGCUUAA